GCAAUUUUCUACCCACCCUUUCAAACCAUUCAAAACAAAAACAAUAGUUUUAGCUUCCUCAUCUUCUUUCUUAGGCUAUAAUAACAUACAACUUAUAUUAGCUUUAACAUUUUCACAGAAUUCUAACAACUCUUCAUCAUUUGUGUGUAUAAUUUUCAACUUGAAAACAUGGUUUUUGGGCAGAUUCUCUACCUUUUUGAGGACAAGACAGAUGGCGGCUCAAAUUCUCCAUUGUUCUUUGGCUUUGAGAUUCUAUCAGGUUUCUGGUGGUUCCUUCUCUCCCAGCUUCAAUUUAGCAGCUCAUCUUCAUCAUCAGAACCUGAUGAGAUUAGAACACACCAUAUAGCUGAGUCAUCAGAUAUCAGAGAUAAUAGUAAUGAUGAGAAGAAUCUUGUUAUUAACAAGGAUGAGGCCAAAAUGGUGAUGACAAAACUUGGACUUUUUUCCACUCCAGAAGAGAGUGAUGAUGAUGAGGAAGAACUUGAACAACAGUUUGGUUCUAAGGAAUUUUCUAACAUGUUUGAGGAACAAGAGCCAAGCCUUGAUGAAGUGAAGCAAGCUUUUGAUGUGUUUGAUGAGAACAAAGAUGGAUUCAUUGAUGCCAUGGAGUUGCAGAGAGUUUUAUGCAUCUUGGGAUUGAAGGAAGCAAGAAACGUUGAGAACUGUGAGAAGAUGAUUAGGAAAUUUGAUGAGAACAAAGAUGGUAGAAUAGAUUUCAAUGAAUUUGUAAAAAUCAUGGAACACAGAUUUUGUUGCUAAUUGCUUUGUUUCUUCUAUUGUUUAUUAUAUAUAAUAUAAAUAUAAAAAUCCCUUUGGUA